UAUGGCAUCCCAAAUAGUUCUCAGUUCGUUUUCCUGAUUAUAGUGGUCUAACAUUUGGGGCCUACUAUGAAUUCGAACCCAUAACCUUAAGAUUCAACUACCCUAGCGCCAAGACCACCUUUGCACCAUUAUUAUGUCACCAACCAAUGGCGUGCGCCUGCGAUACUUGUGUUUAACGUCAAAGGGCGCUACACGGGUUGAUAGAUACAAUUACAGAAAGUACUCAGACGGCAACACCUUUACGUAUUGAUUUUAAUGGCAAAUAUUUGCCCGUCUGUUAUCCCAACAGAGGAAAGAAUGGACUAACUGUUUGGCUGUGUGCCAAGCUUUGGACCUUCAGUGGGCUGGAAACUUUACUGUAAGGCGACCUGUCGUUUGGUGUUAAGUGAACCGUUAAAUCGUGCGUAGUAAGAUGUGUUUUAAGGUGAUGUUGUUCUGAGUUGUAGGGCUUUUUCUUUAGAUGCAGGGUAUCGCAGGGUUUGCUUAGCACGUACACACGUGUGAAUGUAAACCAAAGAGAACACAGUGGUGGGUAACUCUUCACUGUGCAGUAAGGCCUCUGUAGUUUUCCUUUAAUACGCAAGGUGGCGUUUGAAAACUCCAAUGUCUGGCACCGGAAGGGCAUUAUUGUACUACCCUCUUUCAGUGCUUUUAGCGAAUACUGUUGAGGAAAAAGUAAUGCACCGAUAGCUGUAUUAGUCGUACCUUUUUACUAUGUGACUGGAGGGUAAUCUCCGUCGACGAAACCAAUACAGGUCUUCGCUAUCGCGGCCCUGUAAUUACGUCACAGAGUUACUUACGGUCACUUGUCAAAGAAUUCAGGUCAUAGUUCAUGGUCAAUGCGGGUCAAAAACCUGUUUUUUCUAUUACAAUGACCUAAAAUGGCUACUGCAGUCUUUAGGUGGAUAACCGAGGCCGUCCAAGGGAUUUUGCAGAUCUCUGGGCUGACUGGGCAGACUUUUCUCGUCUUCUGCACGGCCUUCCUGCUAGCAUGUUUCCUCUUGAAGCGUUCCAAAAACCUGCCCCCCUACCCGGCAGGACGUGUGCCUGUUCUCGGGCACCUCCUCGCCUUGGGCCGGGCGCCUCACCUGAAGCUGACGGCGUGGAGGCGGCAGUACGGGGACGUCUUCACCGUCAGGAUGGGGAUGAAAGACGCGGUGGUUCUGAACGGCUACACUGCCGUCAAGGACGCGCUCGUGGACAGGUCCGAGUUGUUCGCGUCCAGGCCACCGAACUACCUGUUUGAUUCAACAUUUGGUUUCGGGAAAGACAUUGCUUCUGUCAGUUGGGGGACUGAGCUCAAACAGAGAAAGAGGUUUGCUACCGCUGCCUUAAAGAAACUGGGAAUGAAGGUCGGAAUGGGCAGCAUUGAAGAGGACAUCCGACAAGAGGCGAGCUUUCUACGAAAUAGGAUUGCAGGAUACAAGGGGAAGCCCAUUGACCCCGCCCAUGACGUCACGGUGGCUGUUGCUAACAUCAUCUGCUCCAUGGUGUUCGGGAGGCGCUAUGACUACGAGGAUGAAACGUUCCGAGAGCUCACUGAAGCGAUUGUGACGGUACUGGCUGAGCUUGGAGCUGGACAGAUCAUCAGCGUCUUCCCUUUCUUAAGGUUUGUUCCCGGAGUGAACCGAGCCAGCCUGUGUGUAUCUGCACAAGUCGCCAAGAUCCAAAAGGUGGUGAAAGAGGAAAUUUCUCGCCAUCGCGAACACCUGGAUCGCGAGAACCCGCGAGACUUCCUGGACUUCUGCCUGCUGGAGCUGGAACUGCAGGAAAAGUUAGAGGGUCUGACGGAAGAACACGUCCUGUACAUUUCCCAGGAACUUUUCUUCGCCGGCACGGACACAACUGCCAACACACUGCUGUGGAGUCUGCUAUACAUGACUUUGAACCCGGACAUCCAAAAUAAGGUUCAUGAGGAGCUUGAUGCCGUUGUUGGUGAGAGUCUGCCCACCCUGUCCCACCGUUCCCAGCUGCCCUACGUGAACGCCUGUCUGCAGGAGGUCAUGAGGAUCCGCCCAGUUGGACCUCUUGCCAUUCCCCACGCCACAACAGAGGCAGUCAAAGUACGGGGAUAUGAUAUACCCAAGAGAACCCAGGUACUACUGAACCUGUACUCCCUCCACAUGGACCCCGCCUACUGGCCUGAUCCGGACCGGUUUGACCCCGAAAGGUUUCUGGACGCGGAAGGGAAAGUCAUCAACAAGCCCGAGUCUUUCCUGCCUUUUGGAGGAGGAGGACGGGUGUGUCUUGGUGAGCAGCUGGCCAGGAUGGAACUUUUCCU